AUGGGAACAGACAAUGACAACAGAUCAUCAACGUCAGCAGCAGCAGUGGUAGUGGCAGCAGCACCACCCGUAACAACCCCAAAAGUUGAUGUGGAAAAUGGGAACAAGGAGUCUACGCACGGCGUGGACGGCCCUGCAUCGUGGCGUUUAACGCUCGAUCAGGAUCUUAUUGACACGCUCAAGGGCAGUUUCCCCAGUUGGUUUCAGCAGACGUCAGCAGGUGCCACAGGCACAACGGUUGUCAGUAGCAGUUCCGGCGCCAAACAUUUGACGACCACAGCCAAUCACAUCAAUCGUAUCAAGGCAUACAACCAUAGCCUCAACACCAUUACCAUUAGCAAUAGCAAUUACAGGCGUAAUCAACACACCUAUCACUAUCCGACCAUCUUUAAUACCACCAGCAGCAGCAACAACAACACCAGCAGCAAGAACAACACCAAUAAAAUCCUUAACGGUAAUAAUAUCAACGGUCUUACCAUCACAACAACAACUGCAGCAAGCAACGGUAACGGCCACGUGAACCGCAACGGCAGCAUAAAUCUGCUAAAUAAUACGAUUUGCGUGACACCCAUAACAAUUGACACGAGCGGUGGUUAUUUACAUACCUCGGCAUCCACGGGCCAACAUCACCAUCAUCCAAGUUUUUUGAGCCACCCACAGAAUACACUCCAUUUGCAUCAGUUGAACGGAACAACAGCAACAACUUUGCUGGCAGCCAACGCCGCCGCCUGUUCAUCCCAAUCAUCUUCGUCAGCAUCGCCAGCAUCGAGUGUGACCUCUAACUGUUCGGGUAAUUCACAUUCAACGAUCUCAUCGAAAAAUUCCCAAAGUUCUCAACAGCAAGUAGUUGGCGGAGGGGGAGUAGUAGCAGAAACAACAGCAGCAGCAACGAACGGUACCAGCAACGUUAGUGGUGCCGGUGUUAGUCAAACAAUUUCAAACUCUAAGCCACCAAUUUCGAUAACCAAAUCCAGCCAUUCAUCAUCCUCUUCUUGCUCUUCAUCGUCCUCGUCGUCGUCAUCAUCAUCAUCGUCCUCGUCGUCAUCGAAGUCUUCGUUAUCAAACAAAUCGAAGGCAUCACACCGAAAAUCUCCAACAACGCCACCACCACCUCCAACACCUCCUCAAUUGCCAAAUCAUUGCCAACCACUAGCAUAA